UCACUCUCUUCUUCCUCUCUCUCUCUCUCUCUCGCUUGUCGAUUCUGAUUCUCCUGCAAAAACUGGAACCAAAACCUUGACGGACGACCCAAACUCGCACUCGGAUCCGAAUUCGACUCGAGUUCGGCGCGGAAAUGGUGAAGCUAGCGUCGGCCCGAGAGAUCCGGACGUACGGGCCGCGGCUUGCCCGGAACAGAUCCGAGUACGUGAACGCGGGGCUCUACCUGUUCGCCACCAUCGUGCUGUUGGGCGGGUUCCUGGCGGAGCUGUCCCAGGAGCCGAAAUCGGGCCUCGUGAUCCUACUCAUUGCGGUCGGGAUCAUCGCCCUGGUGAACGUCCACGACCUCGCGGCGCACCUCGCUGGGAUCGAGUGCCGGCUCUCGCUCGUGGCGUGCGACGGACAGCUCGGGCUGGUGGAGCUCGCGGUCCCCAUAGUCCAGGCGUUGGGCUCGCUGCUCGUGUUCUUGGGGAUUCUGUUUCUGUUCCUCCAGGCCGAAAAAGGAUAUGGUUAUUACAAGCUGGAAAAGCAUGCCCUGAACUUGCUUAUCGCCGGCCCGGUUUUCUGGCUGCUUGGAUCGAUUCUUAACUCUUGCCAAAUUUACGAGAGAGCCGAUGGACAUGUCCAGAUAUUGCAACACAGCAUCCACAUCCCAUUUCUAGCUGGAAGUUUGCUCUUCCUGGUUGGUGCAAUCAUGAAUAGCCAAGAGCAGGCUGGGACUCUCCACCACGGCACCGAGCUGCUGGGAGGUAGUUGGAUAUGGUUGAGCAUUUUCGGGAGCCUCUUGUUCAUAAUCGGGGGAUUGGCAAACGUGGUGAAGGUCUUCAAGAUGCAGCAAAUGGACGGGCUUCGGCUCGAGAAGCUGCGAGGAGGAGCGCAUGAGCAGUUGAUCCGACCGAGAGAAGGCCACAUGCCGCUCCUCUCCGAGGAUCUCGAGCGGCAUAGGAGGAGGAAGCCAGCAGAAGAAGUGCAACCGCCAGCCCCCAUGCGGCCUACACCUUACAAGGAUGUCCUUGUUGGGCAGGCCUGACACAGAUUGCCAUGGAUGUCAUGAAUUUCUUGUCCCUUUCUACUCAGAUUGGAUUUGAGUGACGUUGUAGCCAUUUAUCCAA